GGGCAUAUAACGGGAUGUGUGCAUGUGAAUGGGGAGGGGAGUAACCCGGGUUAUUUAACAGCAGAUAUAAACACUCAGCCUGACUUCUCUGUUCUUCAUCACAUGAAAACACGCUCAGUGUUUGGCUAACGAGCUAGCAGCCUGUUAGCUUCCCGCCUGUCUGACGGAGGCGGGUGGAAACAGCGCCGGUGACCGGAGCUCGAGUGUUUCUGACGGACACCGCACCGCCGACCCGCCGGCCUGACUUCCCGGGGAGUUGUGUGGAAGUCACAGCGGCUCAGCGGCGCACGGAGAGCGGGCUAAGCUACAGCUAACGUCCGUCCCUGCGCUCCGGCUACAGCAGCAGCUAAACUACAGACUUAGCAACACAGAACCGGAAGCGGUUCUUAUUGUAGUGAGCUUGUAAACGCAGUGGGCGGAAGAAGCAGAGGAGUUGAACUUCACUCAGAGUUGAUUUUUUUCAUGAAAAGAUGUCCGGAGGAGACCUCAGAGGACAGUUUCUGUACAACCUGCCGCCCUCCGUCCUCUGGGAGUUCUGCAAGGUCAUGGACGGACUGUCAGACCUGGACUGGACCGGUUUCGCCUCAGAAGUCCUUAAAGAUCAGACGGACGUGCGAUACGCUGAGAGGAGGAUGAGGCGGACCGACUGGGUGAUGAGCAAAUGGGCGAACAUGAACGGUCGUGUCGGGGAGCUGCUCGACCUGUUGGAGCGUCUCCGGCUGUUGCACCCCCGAGACGUCAUCCUGGGCGGGGCGUCCAGUAUGAUGUCUCCCCCUCUUCCUCCCGCUCGUCCUCCACCGUCUGUCUCACCCUCUCAGUUCAACCGUCCUCCCCCGUCGGUCUCUCCCUCUCAGUUCGAUCAUCCUCCCAAACCAUGUGUGGCCACGCCCACUCAGACCACCUGUAAACUCAGCCCGACAGAUGAAGGAGGAGGAAGACCAUUACCCAGACCUGCCCCGCCCCCCUCCAGUCUGCACUCUAACGUACACCGACGCCCCCAGACCCCCCCAGUGUUUGAGGACAGCGGGGCGAUGUGCUGGUUGUAUGAAGAGGUGUACGCUGGGACGGAUGGGUUCUCUCCCGCCCGGCAGGUGGGGGAGGGGGGGUUUGGCAUCGUGUACAGAGCGACUCUGAGGAACACUGACUGCGCCGUCAAGAGACUCAGACAGGAUAGUCCGUUGGACUGGACUCUGCUGAAGGAGAGCUUCAAGACUGAAGUGGAGAAACUCUCAAAGUUCAGACAUCCGAACAUCGUAGAUCUGCUGGGUUUCAGUGAGGGACAAGGAUCAAUGUGUCUGAUCUACAGCUACAUGGAGAACCGAUCACUGGAGGACCAACUACACAACGAAUGUAGCACCCUCUCCUGGUUUCAGAGGGUCAGUAUUGUUAAAGGAGCAUCAAAAGCUCUGGAGUUCCUCCACUUGCCUCCUGGCGGUCACAAACCUGUCAUCCACGGAGACGUGAAGAGUUCAAACAUCCUGUUGGACACCCACUUGGUGGCGAAGCUGGCGGAUUUCGGUCUGGCUCGGUUCGCGUCUCACGGCUCGUCAGGGCGCACGGCGGGUAAGACGACCUCAGUCGGUAAAACGGAGACGGUGAGAGGAACGCUGGCGUACCUACCAGAUGAAUACGUGAGGAACGGUGAGCUGGGGACUGCCGUGGACGUCUACAGCUUCGGAGUGGUGUUGUUGGAGGUCCUGACCGGUCGUCGAGCUCUGGAGAGAGACGUGAAGUCAGGAGAUAUUUACCUGAAGAAUCUGGUGGGCGAGAUUCAGGACAGUCCGAAUGGUUCGACUGAAGCAGAGUGGAGGAAACAUCUGGACCACCGGCUGAUGUCAGGUGGCGCUGCAGAGCCUGCUGACUGUAUGAAGAUGGUGGCUCUGGCCUGCAGGUGUCUGGACAGGAGGAAGAAGAGACCACCCAUGACUGAGGUGUUCAACAAACUUCAGGAGAUCCACGACACGGUGAGGAAGACCAACUCCUCCCCCCUCCCUCUGCCCCGCCCUCAUCAACACCUAUACUCCCAGUCCCUCCCCAGACCCCCCCGCUCCCUGGACUCCAUUGUGGGAGAUCUGUCUCACCAGCUGUCCACACUGGGACCUCUGGAGGACACCUGCCAGCUCCCCAAUUCCUCCUGCUGCCUCGCACCUCCUAACGCGCUCCACUCCUCCUCCUCCCUUCUCCCCAUCUCCUCCUCCUCAUUCGUCGGCCCGUGUGAAACCGACGAGAGUCGAGGUUUCUCCCAGUACAACCUUCGCUCCCAGUUCUCCCAGUUCAGAUCUAAUGGGACCAGCUGCAGGUCUCUGUCCCCAUCCACCAGAGACCAGUAUCAUAGUGCAGCCGGGCCCUCAGAGUCCCGGAUCAGCCAGCCUUCUGUGCCCACUGAGGACCAGUACAACUUCCCUCCCCAGCCCAGCAGCACCAGUGACAGGACGGAAACCGGGGCCCUCACAGGGGCCACCAGCGGCCCUCAGCAGGGCGUUGCACCAGAACCAGACAGUAGAGGACAGACCACAGCAGGGCAGUGCUGCGCCCCAGAAUACCUCUCUCCUGCGGGGUCUCUGCAGUCGUUGUCCCCGGGGCCCUCAGUCGUCAUGAAUCCCUGUAAGCAGCGAUUGCUGGAGAAGAAAACUCUGUACGAGGAGGGAAGGAUUCAGACUCCUGAGCUGCUGUCCUCUGAUGACCUCUACGGAGGGAGGAGUUCAGACGAUUUCAGAGGACCGGAAGAGAGCGACGAGCUGGAUUACCUCCCUGCUAAACACAACUGACUGCUCCUACUGACCGGUUUGACCGCAGGACAUGAGCCAGUCUGCACAGAGCUGAGUCAUGUGAGGGGAAACUAUUUCUACAGGACCAAAGAUGAACUGUUUCAGAGUCUGAUAGAGCUGUGAGCUCUUUCUAACUUUUAUCACCAUUUUUGUAGAAUAAAGUGCUGGAUGUCGACACUGUAGACGCUGCAGCUGCACAGUGUGUCACAGAUAUCAGCCAUUUGUUAAAUCCGUUAAAUGUUUUCAAGUUUGAUGUUCUCCGCGGUACCACUCAUCUAAAAAAGCUGGCGUUUUUAAGACAGGGUAGUAUCUGCCUCCUCACCUCAGCACAAACAUUUCUCUUCACUACACUGAAAAUCAGCAAGUUUCAACAAAUCAUACUAAAAUCGCAGCAGCGCUCACAACACACCAAACAGCAAAGCAGCAAAGGAUUACAUGAAGGUACGACACCCUCAUCACACCUGCACUGAUAUUACAUUUCUAUCUUUGCCUGGUGAUUGAAAACAAUCAUGUUAACUACGACUAUUUAUUCAGGUCUGUUUACUUAAUUUUUUAAUUUUACAUAUAUAAUAUCAAAAUGUAAUAUAAUAAAUAUUUUAUGAUAUGUAAUUCCUUGUCACAAAGUGCUAAAACGCCCGAGUUUGUCCUGUUUGCUUUGACACAAAGUCAUACAUUUUAUAUUGAUGUUAAACAAUUUUUAAAAAAUUGUAAACUUGAUUUUAUGUGCCUUGAUGAUCCAGAAGUGUUUGUAAGAAAAUUUUGCUCCCACUUGUAAAAUUUGCUCUUCAAACCUUUUUCCCCCUUUAAUUCAAUUCAUUUAUAAAUGUGGAACAAUUAAAGAAAACAUAGAAAUGAUGAGA